CAUUAGAGAGAGAGAGGUUUUCAACGAAUUCAGUUUCGUUUUUGUGUAAAUCUCGGAGUGUGCUUGCAGUUUUCCGGAAUUUCAUUUCUUCUGAUUCUGCUCAUUCCGCCGGCGCCAAUGGUGGAAAUCCGGUGAAUCGGAGGAGAGAUUUUUGCAGUCAAUGGAGAGGAACAGAGAUACACGAAGAGCGACUGUCUCCGCAGCUAACGCUUUGCCGAGAAGACGGCAAAGGAUCACUACUCUCAGAGAUUCAAUCGACAAGGAUAGGCAGAUGAAAUCGCAGGAAACCGAUCGAGAGGAGAAGGAGCUGGAACGAGAGUUUCGGAAGAGAAGAAGAAUCGAUAGGACUGCGGCGCAGCAGAGGAGCGAGAGUACGGACUCGAGUGAAGAGGAAGAGGAGAUGAGGAUUCAUCAGCAUAAUCAAAUCUCGUUGAAUAAUCGCCGAGGUCUCCGUGCACACCGCUCGUCGCCGGUUCUUAUAGCUGCCGGAGACGCAAUGUUGGGGGUUCCUGUUCCCCGGAGAGCUCGCUCUGCUUCGGCGAAGAGAUUGCAAGAGUUUUCCAAUUCAGGCAGUGGCGGCUUUGGCGAUGACUCUAUGAAAAAGAUGAAAUAUUCGGAGCGAAGAAAUCCGAUUUCGAAUCCCAAGCAGAGUCAAGAUGAUAUCGAGAUUGAGGUUGCUGAAGCUCUGUUCGAUCUGAUGAAACAAUCCCAAUCCAAAUCUUCGCAAAGGCAAGAAAGCGUUGAUAGAGAUAGAUUAAUUCCAGCUGGCGACGAGUUAAAGAUAUCAAAAGCUGAUGGUGGCAAAGAUGAGAAUAACGCCUUUUCAGUUCGAAAUGAGCCACCAAUAAAAGCGAAUGCUGGAGCAGAUUUGGGUGACUCGUUGAAAGAGCUAAAGAGAGAAGGAAGGGCUGAGAAAGAGAGGUUUCCUGAUGAUGGUUUUGUGAAUAAAGUUAAAGUGGGGUCUCCAAAAGAAAGCGAGUCGCCAUCAUCUGCUAAAGUAAAUGCUUGUGAAAUUCAGGAUGCGACAGUUACAAAAGCGCAUUAUGACGCAGUUAUUGUGGAGACUAAGAAGGAAACUAAGCUGGAGAUUGAUUUGAUGAAGAGUGAGGUUGCUGCAAAGGACGGUCGCUUGGCGGUUGCAUCAGCAAUGCAGGGAGAGAAGAUUGAGAUUGUUAAUAGCGAUCAACAAUCAAAUCUUGAUGUUGAGAAUCAUACCCCUCAGCAGCAAGCUAGGAAGGAGAAUAAAAAUCAAUCACCAACUUCCUUGUUGCCUUUCCCUAUUGGUAUGAGUAGCUGGCCUGGUGUUCUUCCUCAUCCAGGAUUUAUGCUGCCUCUGCAAGCUAUGCCUGUAAAUGGAAUCACGAAAUCUUCAUUGAUAAUGCAGCCCCCUCAAUUUAAAUUCUCCCAGUCUCGUCCAAAGAGAUGCGCCAUCCAUCAAUACCUUGCGCAAAGCAUCCAUUGCCACCAGGAGCUCGUCAAGAAGUCUCUAUCAAAUGGUCCCAUAGCUUUGUGUGGAAGCAAGUCACCGAGCCUAAAAUUUACAUCACCAGCCCAACACUUCAUCCCCGGAAGCCCAUUUCUUGGAGAGUUUCAAGGAGGGCAGGAUUUAGCAACUAGUUCUGUUGGAAAUGGAAAAGAUAAGAGCUCGGAUGCUGCUGUAGCUUUAAAUAGCACAAGCAGUAAGUCCUCACAUCAAGCCUCCGCUUCUAGUUUCUUGCAUGGCCACGGUUUUCUAUUGCCGUUUGGUAACCAUCAAACGACAAUGAUGGCACCAACUAAUUCUUCUGGAUCUCCUCAAUCUGCAACCUCAGCUGCAAAUACUACUAUGCUGUCUAAUUCAGCUGGGCGGCUUCCGGUCAACUUUCCCUUGCCUAAUGCAUCAACUUCUUCCCCAUACAUGGCCAUACUACAGAACAAUGGUUGCUCGAUCCCUAUUUCAACAAACAUUUCAACGCCUCCCUUUAAAGGAGGAUCCCAUUCAAUCCCCUUCUUUAACCCCUCUUUGUACCCUUCCCCGGCAUUCAAUCAGCAGCCUUUCACCACAUCUCAUCAUGCUUCAUCCCAAUCAGCUUCUCAAAAUUCAAACUUGUCAUCACAUAGACAACCCCAGUCCAGUGGUAAAACCAGUGAGAAUAAACUCCCUACUUCUGUAUCUGCAAAUCUGCAGUCAGAUAAGCCGGCCCAGCCCUCCUACUCGUCCAUCAUGUCUGAUGCUACAAUUAAUUGGAAAAAUGGUGCUUCGUUUGCUCCUAGCUUUGUAUCUCACUCUGCAAAACCAAAUAGUUCGCCACAACAGGGUUCCAAGAGUAGAGUUGCAUAUGAUUUCUCUUUCGGUUCAAAUGCUUCUGCAACCCCAGUGCCAGUGCUCAACUUCUCAUCCACGGCGCAGAGCUCUGGUAUGUUCCAGAUGCCUCCUGACAUGUCUCUGAGUGGUAUGCAGAUGUUACACCAGAAGAAUUUCCAGACCUCCGAAGGGAAGUCCUUAGCCAGUGGUGGUCAGUCUCUUAACUCCUCAAGAUCAGAUCACUCAGAGAUAUCAGCCCUCUCCACCAUGGGACCUCCCAAGUUUGAUGCUCGAACUAUGAAUUUUCUUCCAUCCUCCCUCGAUGGCCGCCCACCAUUUCCGACAACAUCUGGUGUGCCUGUCCCAAAUUUUCAGCAGCAUCACAACAUUCAUGGAUCUUUCCUUACUGGCGUACUCCCGAGCAGCAGUAGCCACGUGUCUCAAGGCCAAACUCACAUAACUUUUGGUAAUGGUUCAUUUCAAGGACAUCAGUUUGUGAUGCCAAGAAAUGCCUCUUCCGUGGCCUCACCACUACCAUCCCAAGAGGCGGAUGGCCAGAAGUCGGCGUCCCCUGCGUGCAGACGGAACGUUCCAUCGAUUCUAAGCACGUGUCCCAGCCAACUGCCGGAGCUCAAAUACUGACAGUUUCUUCCACCCUGGUAAGAUUCAUUGCUUCAGCAAUAAUGUCAUUAUUAAUCAGGAGGAGGAGGAAGAAGAGAGAUUGGAAUAAGUUUGGUUGAAAAUUUUGGAGGGUUGCAACUUUGAUAGUGUUUAUUUAUCAGUUGGCUCCCUACCCUACUAAUCCAACACUGAUGUGUUGUUUUUGUAUAGACUAAUAUGUUAUUACUACAUAUCAUGAAUGAUAGCCAUACAUAUAAAAUUCAAUUUUUUCAA